AUGGAGCAGGCUUCGGUGCCCAGAUUCGGUAGCUUCAAGCCACGGUCUAGUUUGAAUUCGACGACAUCCAAGGAUAAACCGUCACCCGAGAGCAACAAAUGUCGGGACCUUGACGGGAAACACCGAUCUCGACAUCAAGACAAGAGGCGUAAGAAUCGCUCCACGGACAGGACUCGCCACCGCAAUAACAGCCGCGACAGGAGCCAAGUGAUCGAGUCUGCGAUUGCACCUGAUGAAUUCGAGGAGUCGGAUCUGUUUAUUAUCGACCGCCGCGGAGAUGCCAAAAAUGUCGAAUUUGGCAGUCUUCAUCGCUACAGUAUCCCAGGAUAUCGUCGAGCUGGAUAUGGUAAUAUCAUAGGCGUGGAAACUUCUACCAAAAUCGACCGCGAGCGGAGCAAUGACAAGGAACUUACUAUCACAAAGCAAGCCGCUCCGAGGGAGAAGCGACACACGCGUUUGCUUUCGUCGAAGUAUGGACGAGCUUCCGAACAUCGACUCCGCCUCGUAAUGCCAGGCUCACAACAACUUGCAGAUCAUGAUGCUGAGAGCGAUUACAUUGAAGUGCGGCCUACGAGAAAGCGUAAACGUGACUCUAAUUCUCCCGAAGUGAGCGAUACUACUCCAGUAGACUACAGAUCGAUCGAAGGGAAAGCCAAAGUGCCUGAUCGGCCGGCGGAUGAUGAUCUGGCAUUUGCUUCAGACUCAAGCGAGGGCGAAGAAGAUCUCGACCUAAAGGCUCGUCAAGAGAAUUCUGUUCUUUCCAAAAGGGCCAUGGGGAACUCGGCGGAUCUGGACGCAUGGCUUGCUCUUGUGGAGCACCAAAAGAAGCUCGUCCGGCCAGGCGUCGAAAUCUCCUCCUUAUCAGUUUCAGAGCGACGAGCUGUAGCAGACAUGCGGCUUUCCGUGUUACACGAAGCUGCCAGUCACAUUACAAAAGGAAGAUUUGGCCGCGACCGUCUAUUACUCGCUCUUAUUGAUGAGGGUUCGCUCAUUUGGGAUCAUAAGAAGGUGCAUUCGAGCUGGAUAGAAGCUUUGACGGAAUGCAGCUCAAGCUCUUUGCUCUGGAAGAGGUAUCUGAACUACAUUCAAUGCAGCAACCUCUUAUUCUGUUUCGAGAAAUGCAGGGACGCGUACGUAGAAUGCCUUGCCAUACUCCGGGAAGCUCGAGACCAAGCUCCUCCCAGCGAACGAACAUCCAUCUGUAAGGUCCAGAUUUAUGUUUUGCUACGCUUGACAACAUUUAUUCGAGAGGCCGGCUACGACGAACUGGCUGUUGCAAUUUGGCAGGCGACAUUGGAAAUUCAAUUCUUCACGCCAAGCCGCUUACAGGCCGCAAGCAUCGAGGAAAUUCUCGCCGCAUUUGAGGACUUCUGGGAGAAUGAAACCCCUAGAAUCGGAGAGCACCAGGCUGAAGGCUGGUUUCGACAUGUUGAGAGUGGCGCCCGUCACAAGCGAUCUCCGGUCACGUAUGACGCGCCGUUCUUGAACCCAGCGCAACCUAUACCUGGCUUUCUCGAGCAGGAGUUGAAGCUACAUGGCUUCAUGAUACCGUCCACCAUGGACGAUGAAGGUGCCACCGUCGAUCCUUUUCGAUGCGUCAUGUUCUCAGACCUCAAAGAAAUUCUGGGCGCCUUGUGCAUGGAUCUCCCGAAACGCGGGUUACUUGACGCCUUUUUGACAUUUGCUGGCCUGCCACCGGUUACCAAUGAUGUAAACAAUGCUGACAGCAUCCUCGGAGAGCAGCUACAAGCCCCCACAGUCUGCUCCGUCGGAGAAGCAUUGGGUCGAAAGCGCUUGCGCGCAGACACGAUGCAAGUAGCAUCACGUGUUGAGACAAUUGACACUCUCUUCCACGACGGUCUCGGCACUUUUCGCGAAGGUUCGGACAAUGAGAUUGGGCACGAGAUCUGUCGACUUGUGGACCGGUUGCUAGAAAGAUUUGUCUCCGCGCAGCCGAGUGAUGAUGCUCUCGCGGAGUAUUUUCUUGCUUUCAAGCAGGAGAUCUUCCCUGAGGAAGCUUCAAAGUCUGCCAAACGACUUUUGAAAGCGCGUUCCUCUAGUCUACGGCUCUAUAAUGCAUACGCUCUCAUCGAAUACCCCAAAUCUCAUUCUAAAGCGCAAGACGUCUGGUCGACUGCCUUGAGCAUGCGGCAUCGGCUCGACUCUAACGCGGAAGCAGACGUCAUCUUCUUGUGGCAUAGUCGCCUACUCUCAUCAAUUAGAGAGCGGGACUUGCAUUCCGCGCGCAAAAAUGUUCUAGCGAUAGAGAUCACAUCUCUAUCAGAUGCAAGAAUUCUCAUAGAGGGCACGGCCAGCUACGAGGCUGGCGGUCGUCUCUUGAGAGUAAGACGACAGCUGGAAGAAGGAUUCGACCGCAUGCUGUUGGCACAGAGGUCCUCGCAUGCAUCCAUGUAUGCCGACUGUCUAGCCUGGUUAUCGUAUUUCAGCAUAUCGAAUGACAACGGAGAUCUUUACGCUGCUCUCAAGACAUAUACCAAGCACGUUAGUCGCAUGGCGAAAGACGGCCAGACCACAGCUCUCGAACUGCUGCUGCAGAGCAAGGCAAGUAUGAUCAAGACACACAUCGACCAAAAGCGGCCGUUCAAACCUGCGGCUCUGAAGCAGGAAUUAGAGAGCGACUUGAAGUCAUUCCCAAGCAACAGCAUUCUUCUCGACCUUUACGCACAGCUUGCAUCUCAGGAUCGACUCCGUACCCUUGUGCAAGAACAACAAGCGCUUGACUAUUCGAAUAUGGACGUCGUGCAAUGGUCACAUCGAAUAUGCCACGAAUUGCGGCGCCUGGGCACCUCUGCGUCCGGCUCGACUCCAAAUACGGUCCGUUGCCUCUUCACGAAAGCUCUUCUUGGUACAGACAGCAAGGUUAAGCACUCUCCUUUCCUCUGGCUUGCAUGGCUACGCGUAGAGCACCAGAGUAAGGAACCGAAUGCUUCGCGUCGGACGAAACAAGUCUUCCUCGAUGGCUUGCGGCAUUUGCCAUGGCACAAGGCUUGGGCAGUCGUGGGCAUGAAUCUUCUUUCGGAAGACGGUGGGUUGUCAGAAGGGGAGAUUAAGCAGGUCUACGAGACGAUGGUAGAAAGGGGUUUGAGAAUGCGUGUGGACAUCGAGGAGUUCAUUCACCAUUAA